CUUCCUUCGAGAAGAGAGCGACCCCUUCUUAAGAAGGGCUGCUUGACAUGGCAGCACGCGGGGCAACCUAUGGGAGGAGAACAGGGGCGAAAGUGGGGCCCUGCCACAUCUCGUCUUUGACCGACUUCUUCAGCGACGAUGACGGCGAUGACGGCCAGCCGCGCCCUGCAUCGGUCGAGAAAGGGGCAGCUAAGAAGCCAUCACUAUCAAGAUCAGGCCGUAGCAAGAACAAAGUACAAGCCGCGCAGCAUUCCUCAAAAGCUGAUGCAAAAGCAAGCAGGGACAUUAGGCUUCCCGAAAGAACCAUGGAAGAGCUGGCUUCUCGGCCGUCGACACCCCCGAAUGCUUGGCAAGAUACCCCCCACCUCUCCGACUCAUCCUCCCUGAGUCCAAUCGCUUCGAUUGCCAGUCCUACGACAGCUGCUUCAGCUGAUGGUAGUAGGCGAGUUCAGGUGCCAUUGACACCGACAAGCUCGUCGCACUCUUCAGCGUCCCGAACGCCGCGGACGUUGAAGCGCAAGGCUUCGCCCGCGUCGCCGCGCAAGAUCUCCAUCGCUCGAGAGCUGAAUCGCAUCUUCAGCCCGACCAGCUCGUCCAAGACUCGCCAGCGCAAGCCAUAUGGAGCCACAGCCUUGCCGGUGGGUGAGCGUGAGGAGGAGCACAGCUCCGAAGACGGCGACGAAUCUAGGCAAGGUCAGGUACUCUCCCGCGGAGCACAAGUGUUUCAUCGCCCGCAUACAGGCCUCGCUGCUCGAAUGGCGGCAAGAAGAGUCAAAGCAGAAGCUACGAUGUGUCACGACCAGGAUGAAGACACGGUAGAAGAGCAAGGAAGAAAGAUGCAGGAGGUCGCCGAGCCAAGCUCACAAUCGUCUUUCCAGAGCGAAUCUCAGCCGGUCCUCGGCGUCCUCGCUCCCACCGUGGCACAUGCGCGCCGAACAUAUGGAAAGGAGCGCAGCUUUCUAGCAGUAUUGAACGCAGGCAUGGUGUCUGAAACGGCUCUUUCCCCAGAGCAAGGACAGCCCAACCAUGAAGGUCUCGGUGACGGCAGGGAGGCAGGUAUGCUCGAUUGCUUGGGAGAAUCACAGCACAAGUCGUACGCAGAGAUGAGACGACGCUGGGGCGACGUCGAGGACGAUGGAUCUGAUGAGGAGCAGGAAAGCGAAAAGGUCUGCAACGUCACGUCGCUGCGUACAGCUGGAGAGCUCCGUCGCUUUCGGGAGGAGUUCGAGUACCUCACGGGUGGACUGGUGCCGGGCCAGUCUCUGGACACUCGGGUCGCCAGUGCUCUGGACCUCGCCCGACAUUGCAUCGACGCCGCUGGAGACGGGGAGGAAGACGGAGACGAAGGAAGCUCGGACGCUGGGUCGCACAAGGAACACGGUAAGAAAGACGGCGAGGGCAACAGCGCGCGGCUGCCUUCGCAGCUGUCAUUUAUCGGCAUGCUCGAUGUAUGCGGGCUCACCAAUCAUCUUUGGUCACUUUUAAAUCAAGCAGGCGUGGGUAAAGACUUGGAUAGACACUUGGAUUUGGCAGGCGCAGUCAUCCUUGCAAAACUCUCGGCGCAUCGAGCUUGUGCUGAAGCCCUGAUGGAAGCUGCUGGCAUUGGCUUAUUCGAAGUCUUGGCGCAUCUUCUACAAUCUCUUUCGGCAGACGUCAAAGAGGGGCGACAGAACGCAGACAAAAGAGCUUCAGCCCGAGCUCAACGCCAAGAAACGGCUACCGAAGACGCACUCGACGAGAUCAUCAAGCAAUCUGGACUGGCGCCUUCGACAGUGGAUCGACCUGCCUCUUUACGCCGCUUGGUCUUGGGCAUCCUGUGCUCUCUUUCACAGCUUCCUCGAACGAGCACAAACGUUGGACAAGGCAUACUCCAAAAAUUCGCGAUGUAUAACAAUUAUCGUCGCUCGAUUUUCGAGAUUGUCGUCGAGUCGGGCCUGGCGUCACAUGCCGAUUGCACAGACGAUGCUUGCCCCGACUACGUAUCUGUCGCUCUUUCGGCCCAACUGGUCGAUCUCGUCUUUUGCGCUUCGUCACGAGAGACUUCAUCCACCAUCGAGGAGGCCGAGCUGAAGCGUUGGGCAGGACAAUGGACAGCAAUGCUCUCGACACUUUACAAUGACUUCUUCUCAAAGGCGCAAGAGCAAGCCGGAGGGUCCCUCGUGUCGUUGCUACGUCUGUGCGUCAACCUGACGCAAAUCGACAAGCGGUGGAGCGAGACGUUUGCCAAGACGAGCGACGCUCUUGCCCGUGUCGCAUCGCUCAUCCUUGCGGCCUCUUUGGAGCACGGGCCCGCCGUCGUAGCCACUGCAGAGCUGCGCUCCGACAUCAUGGCUUUCUCUCUCGGCCUCUUGACAAACAUUCUCGAAUCAUCUCCUGCCAAUGUCCGGCCAUGCUUUCGACGCUUGCAGCUGAAGAGGACAGAUCUCCACGAUGGUCUUGGCAAAGGGAAGGUGAUGGCCAUGAGCCUACUUGGACAGCUGUUUGAGAGAGAGCGAGUUCGUUCGCACGAGAGCGCUCAAUCGGGUUUCUUGUCCGGCUGCCUCGCAGUCUCUCUCUCAUUGGUUCUGGACGCAACGGAAGAGGGCAAGGAAGGAGACAAGGAAGGCGUCGAGAUCGCAAAAGCUGCCUUGCAGGAGGGCCUUGAUUGCACGUGGGAAACAGUCAGAGAGAGACUGGUCGAGGUGCUAAGCGACUUUGCCGCAAUGCAUGAGGAGAUGGCGCGGUGCAGGGAGGGGGCCCAAGCGAGCGCACCGCUAGAGGUACAGGAGCAAGCGCGCGGCGACACUGACAUCAGUCUGGUACGACUGCUGGAGUCGAGGCUCAAAAGGACAUGACAUAGAGCCACCCUGAUCAUAUAUUAUCAUCUGUAUUUUUACGUCAAUACAUUGCCAUUUGGAAGGGCGCCGA